GUAUAAAAGUUUAUAAACAUCCCAAUGUUACAUUCGAAAUGCAAAAAACGUUCGUGUACUACGAAAAUGAUGUAGUUAAUAUUGGCAUUGAUUUAAUAAAUCAUGCACAAUGUUCAAUGCACUAAGAUUGACUUUUUCUCUUGAUAAUCUCGAAUUGCUAAGAACUACAAUCAAUUAAAACACUGUCUUAAUUAACAAACGCUUGGUAUCCAAAUUUACAAUGGCAUACACACUUCUACCUAUACAGCACCGUUCUGUACCUGUGAAGUGUGUAAAUAAAUAAUAUAAAUAAGAAUAUGUAUUUUCAUAAUAAGACAUUUCCGAAAAAUUGCGUUUGCUUUUUAUUGGUAAUCUGAUAAAAUCUGCUUUCGUAAAAUUUGCUCAACUCCUAAUUACACUUUCCCAUGUCGCAACGGAUAUAUGCAUUGUGCUUGCUAAAAAGAGAACCUCAAAACGAAAUAAAGAAAAUGAGUUCUAUUACAAUCUUUAGUUUUGUUUCGGUCCUUCAAACGACUGUGGACGGCCCAUAAUAUAAGGGAUCAUAGUUCUGAUAGAACGCAAAACAACCCAUAUAUGACACGCAUAAGAAACAUCGAUUGCAGAGCAUACCAAGAGGUGAAUGUAGUGGUAUUCUGUACAAAACGAAUGAUGCAGUAACAAUCAAAAUUUCAAGAAACAUUUCGAAAAAAAACAUCAGGAAGAGAGUUCAGACGAUAAAAACCAUACAAUAUAUAUUAGGGAAAGUUCAAUCAUUCGACGGAAUUUACAUGAAAGGCGACGGGAUGUAUUUAAUAUUCAACCCUUCAAAGAAUUAUCAAAAGGAAGCACAGGCAUACAGCAAUGUAUCCCUGAAAACAGCUUGUCGCUUCUAUUCGGAUCUUUCUCUAUUUGUUCCUAGUGGCAGUGUAACAAGCGUUUGUAUCAGAAACGAAACUUCAUUUUUUCUAUUUGAAAGGCUUGAUGACUAUUUAAACGCAAGUAAAGAUAACAAGAAGUUUUUUAGAGAAAGGUAUUUCUAUUUAAGAGAUAUAAGUGUACCUGUAACUGAUAUACAAAGUUUUCUGGAUCAGAUUGCUGUUUGCAGACAAACCUUUGUUAGUGAGGCUAACAUAGUAUCAUUGGUAAGAGAUCAACGAACUGAAAAUGUUAGCAUAGACAGAACAAGAAUGCCAAAUAGCCACAAAAGACGCACUCGGAAUUCAAUUGUAGCACCUGUACAGCGGGAGAUUCACAAUAACCCUGUUACAAGAACCCAUGAAGAAACCGGUGUCAAUCAGACACAUGGUGAUCAUCAGUCUUUUCAAAAUAGGUUUUUAACUGGUCCAUCGGAGGAAGAUAUCAUUCGCUACACUCCAAAUCUGUAUCGUGCAUUAUCGGAUACUACGAUAGAUGGAGGAACAAACAGUUUCAUGAAUUUUAACAGUUCUCAUUCAAACGAAACGUCAAUUGCAGCUGAACACGUACAACGUUCAGUUAUUGCUCAAGCAUCGCCGGAUGACAACGAAGUCAUCUUCCAACCUUCUUAUUCAGUUAGCAGUACUAAUCAAAGUCUAUUAACGGAACAGAUAAGUAGACAUACGACAAACCUCGACGAACAACAACAAGGAAUGUUAGAUCGACAUAUCCCAGACAGACUACCGCAGUUUACACCUCGACAGAGAGCCCGGUAUCCAGCAUACGUGGACAAAUCGACACGUCAAAGAAGCUUUGCAUCUUGGAGGCGGCAGCUACCAACUCCUACUGCCUUAACUGGGGCUGGAUUCUUCUUCACUGGUAAAGACGACUUGGUAAGAUGUUACGAAUGUGGAAUCGGGCUAAAAGAUUUCAGUGAUGGAGAUGACCCAUUGCGGGAACACACUCGGAAUGCACCUAAGUGUCGAUUCAUUGUUGACUAUUUUGGAAGCCAGAGCAACAUAGACGCUUACAAUAGUAGGAUGGAAGACCCAGACGAGAUUCGAAGAAGGGGAUUGACUUGGUUUCUGGAUGCAAAAGGAACUUGCGUGACACAGUAUCAAGCGAGAAACGAGAGCUUCCGGUCAUUUGAGUCAAGAUUUUCAUCGUACAAAACGUGGCCAAUGUCUGCUGUUCAGAGGCCAUAUCAACUAGCGGAAGCGGGGUUGUACUACACGGGCCGCGAAGACCAUGUUCGCUGUUUUGCUUGUGAUGGCGGUUUGCGGAGAUGGGAUCCGGAAGAUGACCCAUGGAUCGAGCACUGCAAAUGGUUUCCGGCAUGUCCGUUUGCGCGGGAGCAAAAGGGAGACGAAUACAUUGCUCUAGUUCAAGCCACAAUGGACACCGACAUAGCAUAUAGCGAACAAAAUGGUUGCAGUGAACAAACGAGUAUAUCACAGUCCAAUACUGACCUAGUUGCAAGAGUGGAGAAUCUGAAUAUUAAUACCACAGAUAUCGAAGAGCUAAGACGGACCUGCACAAUCGAUAUGGGGUUUUCUAGCCAAGACUUUGACAUGGCGAUUAUUCAGUUAUCUGAAAAAGGAAACUCGCGUCCGACGAUAGAAGACUUGAUAAAUACAUUUGAGAUCCUUGGUCAGCGACAGGAAAAUCAUGCGGCAAAACAAAGAAGUCUUACUGAAGAUAACUUACUUCAAGAAAACCAGCGUCUCCGCAGCAUGUUGAUGUGUUUUAUCUGCCAAACAAACCAAGUCAAUGUCUUAUUUCUCCCGUGCAAUCACCAUCGAUUGUGUAUAGAUUGUGCCAGAGAAUAUUUCACAGCAUGUCCAGUAUGUCACAGACCCGUCAACGAUAUAAUUAAGACCUUUAUGGGUUAAGAAGAAAACGCGCAAAAAUACGUAAAAUACACAAGGUUGCAUUAGAUAUUGCUUCAGCUUAUUGUUCAAUUAGGUGGUUGCAUUUCUAUAAAUAAAUGUUUAGUUCAUGUUAGCUGUAUCAGACCUAUUCAUCCGAGUACCAUUGAAAAUGGCAUUCAAAAUUAAUGCCAAUGUAAACGUUCCUGUAGAAAUAUGACCCAUACUAGACGAUGUUUCUUGCCAAACAAUAGGAGGGGAGUAAUUACGACAGGAGUAACCAUGCCUACUUCUACAGCGAAAGUCCACUAAUAGGAUAAGAGGGAACCGAAAAGGAUGUGGACAACUGGAAUUAUUCGCGUGACUCUAGGUGAUUUAAGGUAUUUAUAUAUAGUUUUUUAUAUACUGAGUAUAAAUAUUAUACAUGAUGCGGUUACAGAAAUUAUAAAAAGAGAACAGUAAACUAAAGGCUAGUAUUAGGCGGAUAAUAAGGCCAACGAUGAUCUGUACGAGAUAGGUUGAUGAAUGGUAUUCCAUGGUAUCCCUGGGGACUCUGGUGUCCGAUCUGCGACAAUAGAAAGAAAGAUCAUCGACAAUGCCCCAAAAUGGAAAAUACACAAUAACCGUUCAACAUUGAUUUACUCCACCGAUGUGGCAAACUGACCACAAUCGACAAAGUGUAAGCGAGUGGUCGUCGAAUUUACUAACUCGGAGACCCGUAAUGGUGUAUUUGAUGCCAGAAAAUACUUUAUGGCUAGAUUCCUUGUCAAUAAAUUGCGUACAAGGCAAUGGGAAUAACUCUCAUAUGAGGCUCGUAAACUUAAGAGCGAGUAUAAACUAACUAACGUUUUGGUAUUCGGAGGUUAAGUGCUUAAUCUGAUGGCUGUUCAAUCCGGCCAGCGGAAAGUCCACAUUCGUGGCAUGGCGGCUAUCCAGUAUGUGAGAUGGUCACUUUAAUUGCCGCUACUGCUUACCCAUACGUGUACAACUGUCAGAUGGAUGUCCUGAGAUAUUUGUUUUGCAAACGUUGUGUCAUAUAUUAUGUAUUAUUCCGUUUUAAAUAACAGUGUGUUCGAACUUUUCAUAUAAACCUUAAUAUUUACUAAUAGAAUGCACUUACCUGAACAUUUAAUUUUGUCGAUUAUACAUGUUGUGAAUAAUCAUAUCUGAAUAUCAAGUAUUAUUUGUCUAGAUGUAUAGAUCACAGAAAUUGUAUCCGCCAUUGCUGAAUAACACUAUGUUUGUAAAAGUUUUGUCACCACUGAAAACCAACUAUUUUUUUCUAAUUACAUUGUUAGGAUUAGUAGAAGUUUUGUUUUGGGUAUAAUGAUUAUGAACAAUGAUUAGAUUUCGUACCCUGAAAGUAACAUUUAUACUUUGAAAUGUUUUUUGUACAUCCCUUAAGAAUUAAAAAAUGGCGAUCUACACGUAAUCAAAUAUCACUUGACGAACGUUGGUGUUUGUGUUCUAAUGAAAGAGACAUAGCAUGUUAAUUCAAUUUUGUAUAUAAUAUACCAAAAUAAUAUAAACAUUGAUAUUUAGUUUGUAUCUUUUUCCUAUUGCUUUAGUAUUUGACUUUAACUUGUGCAUAUACUGUUUCUUUAGAUUAAAAUAUGUUUCGACACGUGACAUAACUUUAUGUGUUACGACGAUGUACAGUUGUAUAAGUCUUAUAAAUUGUCUGUUCUGUUCAUGUAGUUGAAAUGCAUGAUCUUUUUUUAAUUAUAGCUCCGAACUUGUUUAUGAUAUUUGACGUAAUCGAGCAAAUGAAUUAAUAAGAUACUGAAGGUCAAAAAUGUUUAGAAAGAAAUCAAAAAGAAAACAAUAAUAGUUCUUCAUUGACCUCGAUAGGAUUUGAACUACUUUGCUAAAAUACAAUGGCAAACUAAAAGAAAAACGAAAGUCAGACAGAAAUGUUAGCAUUUGAUCAUCUUUUUCUCCUUAAUUCAUUAAAAAAAUGGGUAAAGGGGUGAUAAUUGGUUGAAGCUAUAUCCCUGACCCGAUUUUGUUUUUUGUUAACAAUAUUUCCAACAAAAAGGGCGAAUAUUAUACGAUGAACGCAACAUUUUCGGAUAUGUUCGAAUUGCCAAUCUUUGCGUAUUAAUACAAUUUUAAAUUGUUUAUCUCGUUAUUGUUUGUAUUGUGUCAGCAGGCCACAUUUAAUUUAAAUGUUGAAAAGCCGAAAGGCCUUCAAUCGAUAUCUGUUCUGCAAACUCGAAAAUGGACCGUUAUGAAUACAAUCAAAUUAAAUGCAUCGUUAUUGUACAUAAUGAAAAACAGAGCGACUUUAAAAAGUGCGAAAGGAAAAGGUCAAUUUGUAACAGGAAACUAACGGUUUCCGUAAACUUCAAACACCUUGGAGUACUUACCAAUAAAUAUAACGGCAUUAGCGAAUAGGUUGACUUUUGUUGUAAAAGAUUACGUUGCACGCAUUUUAGCUUAAAUGAUUAUGGCUUAAAUGACAAGACAAUGCAUCCGCUUGCAUUUCGAUUUACUAUCGGACAAUUAUAAUCUAAAGUUCAUAAUAUCAGUAAGGAAUACAUUCUUAAAACAUAGUAUCAUCAUGAUAAUUUAAAUGGUUAAACAUGGAAUCAGUACAUGUGGUGCUAAAGUCAUGCUUUUUGCAACAGUAAGUUAAUUUCCUUAACCCUUUUUUGUCUUAAAUAACUUAACGAAAACAUAUAACAACACAUACGUAAUAAUUGCACAUCAAUUACAAAAUGAUGCACACUGCAUCAAAUCUUAGCAUUUUAUCCGUGUAAAAGCAUAUUAAAUAUUUGUGAACCAGCUUAACAUUCAAUAUUCAAUUCAGGUUUCUGUGGUAGCUGCUUCUUUAAAAAUUAUAACGUAUAUACUGGAAGGAAAAGUCGAUUCAAUGCUGUCAUGUCUGUAAACACAUUAUAUAUAUGCGAUAUACUUAAGAAGAUAUCGAUUCUUAAACACUACUGUGUAUAUAGCUUUUUAGACGCUACUCGCAUUUUAUAAUAACACAUCCUGUAACUAAUUCUACAUUAAAGUGUGUAAUAUAAUUUUCCCAUUCGCGCAAUAUAGUGAUAAAAUAUACCCAAACCCUACUUAUUUAAGGGAACUCCCUAUUAAAAGUACUAGUUAUGUUACUCAGGUACUUCCUCCAUACAUUCUUUCCUCCUACUUUCUCUUUCUUUUCCCUAUAUCUCCGUAGUACAGGUCAGUCAGUUGGCAGAUAUCCCUCAUUCAUAGAGCUUUAUGACCCCGGUUAACACUUUUAUAAAUGUCUAUUGAAAUAGGCACAUAUCGAAUGAGGGUCGG